AUGCCAUUAAAUAAAUUAAUUAAUAUAACAUCAUCAACAACCACUCAACCAUCACUAGAUUCAAUAAACGAAAAUUCAAAAGAACCAAUAGAUAAAAAUUGGAAUAAUUGCGAUUAUGAAAUAAAAGAACAAGAUAGAUUUUUACCAAUUGCAAACGGUACAGUAAUGAAAAAGGCACUUCCAUCACAUGCAAAAUUAUCAAAAGAAAGUAAAGAAUGUAUACAAGAAUGUGUAUCUGAAUUUAUACUGUUUAUAACUUCUCAAUCUUCAGAUAAGUGUAAAUUAGAGAAAAGAAAAACAUUAAAUGGUGAAGAUAUUUUAUGGAGUUUAUAUUGUUUAGGAUUUGAAAAUUAUUCAGAAACUUUAAAAAUUUAUUUAGCAAAGUAUAGACAACAAGAACAAGCUAUGAUUAAACCACCUAGGAAAAAACCUAAAAGAAGUAGGAAAAUAAAACAAGAAACAAUAGAAGAAGAGGAAGAUGAAGAUGAAGAAACAGAUCAACAAUUAAUAUUAGGUCAAGUAGAUAGUUAUGAACAAGACGAAGAGUUUGAUGAAGAAGAAGAAGAUGAGAUUGAUGAGAUUGAUGAGGAAAAUAAUAGCGAUAAUAAUCAAUUAUUAAGUAAUGAGUAUAUUGACGCGAAUUAUUUGCAACAACCACAACUACCACAAAUAAUACCAAAUAACGAAUUACAGAAUGAUCCGGAGUAUCAACAAUAUAUACAAAAUCAAUUAAAUUUGCAACAACAACAAAACCAACAAAAUCUACAACAACUUCAAAAUUUCCAAAAUCACCAAAAUCUGUACGUUCCUAAUCAACCAAUACAGCCUAAUUUCCCAAUUCUACAUCAACAGCCAGCACAAAUACAACAACAACAGCAAUAUAUUCAACCACUUCAGCAACAUUUUAAUCAAUCUAAUAUUGUAACACCACCAACUACAAAUGAUGUAGAAAUAACUCAAAUUGGUACAAAUAUAGAAUUUAUUUUAAAAAGUUCACCAUCUUCAAAUUUUACAAAAUAG